CAUUGUGAAAUCAUUUAAAAUAGAGCAUAUUAAAGCUUUCCCUUUUUGGGGUUAUCAUACUGAAAAAAAGUCAUAUUCACAAAUUUAUACGAAUAGUACUGGAGAGAGAAAGAAAACCAUUCAAGCUAUUCAAGAAAAUAAUUUCGAAACUGCUUCAGACGAUUUAUACUCAUUCCACUAA